AUGGGGGAUCGAAACCGUGACCGAUCGCUAGGAAACACCAUAUCCACUACACCACGGCGACUCUUUGUUAUUUUUGAUAAUGACGAUGAUGAAGAUGAUGAUGGUGCUAACGAUGCUUUUGCACUUGCUGCUGCUGCUGAUAAUGAUGAUUAUGACGAGAUAGAGGAGGAUGUAGCUAAUGGUUAUGAUUGUGCUGCGGCUGUUGAUGAUGAUGAUGAUUAUUAUUAUGAUGAGAUAGAGGAGAAUGCAGCUUAUGGUGAUGAUUGUACUGAGGUAGAGGAGGAUGCAGCUUAUGGUGAUGAUUGUACUGAGGUAGAGGAGGAUGCAGCUAAUGAUAAUUAUUGUGCUGAGAUAGAUGAGGAUUCAGCUAAUGGCGAUGAUUGUGCUGAGAUAGAUGAGGAUGCAGCUUAUGGUGAUGAUUGUACUGAGAUAGAGGAGGAUGCAGUUAAUGGUGAUGAUUGUACUGAGAUAGAUGAGGAUGCAGUUAAUGGUGAUGAUUGUACUGAGAUAGGUGAGGAUGCAGCUAAUGGUGAUGAUUGUACUGAGAUAGAUGAGGAUGCAGCUAAUGAUGAUUAUUGUACUGAGAUAUAUGAGGAUGCAGCUAAUGGUGAUGAUUGUACUGAGAUAGAUGAGGAUGCAGCUAAUGGUGAUGAUUGUACUGAGAUAGAUGAGGAUGCAGCUAAUGGUGAUGAUUGUGCUGAGAUAGAGGAGGAUGCAGCUAAUGGUGAUGAUUGUGCUGCUGUUGAUGAUGAUGAUCACUAUCAUGAUGACGACGAGAGUAAGAAGGAUGAAUGA